AUGAGCAACCAGCCUCCUUAUCCCCUCCACGAGUCGGUGGUCGACCGAAUCCAUCCCGAGUAUGCUGAGUUCUACAAUAAGCAUAUCUUUGACAAGCAGCAGGUGCAUCUACAGCCGGUAGAAGUAUCACGUACCAGCGGUGUCCUUAUUCCAGGGAGCGGCCCAUUGCAGCCCGUCGCCACCACAGUCGACUACGCUGUCAAGCGCAGGGAAAGCGAAGGUCCCGAUGUAGCUGUCAGGUGCUUCACCCCAGAGGGCGAGAAGCCGGCUGCAGGAUGGCCUGUGUGUAUCUACUACCACGGCGGUGGCUGGGUUCUCGGGACCAUUGCUACCGAGAACGUGAUAGCCUCGCACUUGUGUGCUCGGGGCAAAUGCGUGGUUGUGGCCGUCGACUAUAGGUUAGCGCCAGAGGACCCGUUUCCUGCGGCGGUCCAUGACGCAUGGGAGGCUGUUCUCUGGGUGAUGGACCAGGGAAAGGAGAUUCUCAGUCUCGAUACGUCCAAGCUGACAACAGGUGGCUCCUCUGCCGGCGCAAACUUGGCCGCCAUCAUGUGCCAGCGUGCCGCUGAUCGGGGAUCUCCCAAGUUCUCCCUCCAGCUCCUCUCAGUACCCGUCAUGGACAACACCGCCGACACGACCAACAACGCCUCAUGGAACGAGAACCAGCAUUCCCCCGCGCUCCCGGCGCCCAAGAUGCUCUGGUACCGCAACCACUAUCUGCCCAACAAGGAGGACUGGUCCCAUCCGGAGGCCAGCCCCCUGUUGUGGGAGGGCGACUUCUCCAAGCUACCGCCGGCGUGCUUCGUCGUCGGAGAACUGGACGUGCUGCGGACGGAGGGCGAACAGUUCAAUGAGAAGCUGCAAGCGGCCGGUGUCAAGACGGAAUUCACCAUCAUGAACGGUCACCCCCACCCAUUUAUUGCUAUGGACGGCGUUAUGGAGGCCGGGUCAAGAGCGAUCACAUUAUUCUGCGAAGCUCUGUAUAAAACCAUGUAUGAGACAUGGUAG